AUGGCUGGAGCCAACCCAAGUGAGAGGAAGGCCAAGCCAACUGCAAACAUCAAGGUCUUAGGGACAGAGUUGCUCAAGCCUGUUGGGACUCACAUCACAUUGCAGCAUGCCCGGUUGUUGACCUUGGAGCUGCAGGAGUUCAGUCUUCUUUGCAUAUCAGACUUUCUAAACUCCGAUCAACUCAUCUCAGAGUUACAGCCACUGGCGGAAACCCGCGAACAAACCCAUCAUAUGCUGCUGAGACUUGGACAGAGAAACACUGCGUGUUUGCCAACACUGCCAGUUAAGCCACAACCUCGCUCGCCUGCUCCGGACGACAGAAUUUCCAAAGACCUGACAGCUUCUCCCAGGAGGUCUCAGAAGAAAGAUGUGGCAUUCCAGCUAACAUUCUCGAUAGGACAUUUAAGCCCUGGGGUGUAUCCUCACUCGGAAGUGACCCAGAGUCCCGCUACAGGAUGCCACCUAAAAAAGAGUGCAGUGGACAAGACCGGAUACCUUGAGAAAAAUGACUUAGCUAAACAAAGCUCCAGAGAAGCAACCUCCAGAUACUCCAAUCUCCUCUCAGCUUCUCUAGACACAGACAGCUUCGACUGGACCUGUUCUCCUGACCUACCCUCAGAUGGCUCCACAGACCUGGACAGCAAGGAAGCAGCCAGUUCUCCUGGGACUGGACAAACACCCCCCAUACCCCUUUCUCUAGGUUCCCAAGAGACACGUCACCCCAAUGUCAGCAUGAAGCAGCCAGAUAUCACAACGACGACCCUAUUCCUUCUUUGCUGUCACAUCUUUUUAAUUUUUUUUCUUUUUUAAUUAAACAAAUACUGGGGUGCGUUCGUAUUCUGUCUAAGCUCCACCCCACAAUUACCUGGCAACAGCCAGGUAUGCCCCGCCCCAUAGACCUGGCCCCCUAUAAAAGGGGAUGCUUGCCCCUCCUCUCUCUCUCUCUUUUCCUUCACUCUUGGCACUCUCACCUCUCUGUCCCUUGGGCUCUCCUCCCCUCCCCCCUCUCUCUACACGGUCAUGGCCAGCCUCCACUUCUCUCUCUCUCUCUCUCUCUCUCUCUCUCUCUUCUCACUCCCAUUCUCUGCCUGAAUAAACUCUAUUCUAUACCAUGUAUGUGUGCGUGUAGUCCCUCAGGGGGAAGAGGUGUCUGGGCAUGGGCCCGCCUGGGCACCCCUUCUCCCACACCACCAUGUCACAUUCCCUAAACCCCUCUCUCUCUUUUUAUGCCCCCCUUCAAUCAUAAUGGUUAGCAUAUUGGGAUAAUCUGUCUAAUCUAGGCGGGCAGCUUUUAUCAUUAUCAAUUGGUUCUGAAAUUACUGUAUUGGCAUCUUGUGUAUUGAGAAUUUAUUGGUACAUAAAUCUGGUUAACUAUAA